CGUGAUGCUGAGUUAAAACAAAACAACAUGGACAGAAAGUGAGGCGGUAAAAAUUUUAACUCGGCAUGAUGAUCAAAUUCAAAAGCCGCUUUCAGCUUCAAAAUGUCUAGAUAGUAACUGAUCGAUGCUGUGUACGGACUCAUGACAUAGCUGAUCAGCAACUACGUGAUGAUCGGUCAACGCAAGUCAAAGUUCUCGUUUAAGAAGGCAAGUCUAAAGGCAUUUUGUUUUACUUCAUGGUAAAAUUUAGUGAGAACCUAGAAGCAAGUCGUAAGAAAUUUGAGUGUUUCUUUAAAUUUUGGAGAUUUAUUUAUAAAUAAGAUUUUUUUUAAUUGGCACUAUUUGUAAUUUUUUUAUUUAUAUUUUCGCAAACGGCGUUCGGUGUCCUCUGAUCCGGUUUGGGGCCCAAAAAAAAUAAAAAAAAGUGUCCAAUGUUGCGAAGCAGAAGAUGCUUCGACUUUCGCGGCAUAUGGAUCAUUGAGUUGUAGAUCCUAAUGCUGCAGGGCGACAAGAAGAUUCCAAUAUCAUUUCCCAUUGCUCUUCAGUCUUCUGCUUUAAUUUUCAUUUCUGUACUCUCCUUCUCCUAAAACCCUAGUUCUAAUCCAAACCGGGUAGCAUAAUUCCUUCUCUGGAGCCUACUUUUUGGGAUUCCAAAUGAAAUUUCAAUUUCUUUGCACAUCACGUGUUCUGAUCAUAUUGCUAAUUGUCUUUUGCUCGAGCUUAAACGGUGACAUCUCGGUAUCAAAGUCAGAGAGCUCUCAAGUCUCUCUUGUUGGUAAUCGUGAUGGAGACUUCAAGGGCUUGGCUCUGCCUGCUGGCCGCUCUCCUCUGUUUCCUCCAGCUAAGCCUAGUACGGCACUAAUUGUUGCCCCAGAUCAAAAUGGGACUAUACAUUUGGUGGAGAGUGGUUCCAUGAGGAUAAUAUGGUCAUUUCCAACAGGAUCACCAAUUUACGGUUCAUAUCAAGCUCCUGUCAACAAGGAUAAUGAUAAAGAAAAUGCAUCUGGACCAAGCAAUGAGUUCAUAGAUGUCGGAGAUGACUGGAGCUUAUAUCAAAGAAAGCCCUUUGGUAAAAUGGUAUGGAGACUCUUAACAUCUAUUGAAGAUAUUGUUAAAGCUACACCUAAAUUAUCAAAUGAUGGAGUUCUUACACUUGGAUCUAAAAGAAUUACUGUUUUUGAAGUUGAUGCUAAAACUGGAAGGAUCUUUCGAAGUUACACUGCAUCUGAUUUUGAUAAUGCCUUUGCACUGUGGAGUGAUGACAGGCAAAGUGUUCAAAAUAUUCUUACUACUGAAAAUGAGGAGUUAGUAAAGUCUGAUCCUCUUAAGCUUCAUAUGCCGGAGCCGCUACUCAUGUUAUUUAGGACAGAUUAUUCUCUACAAGCUGUUAGUCCUGGAUCAGAAAAAGUUGCAUGGAGUAUGACUGUAGCUGAAUUUGAGGCUGUCUUAUAUUGCCAACAUAAUGAAAAUCCAAUGGACGGGGCAUUAUUUGAUUCAGAGGGUAAGUAUGCUUGUGACAGUGGCCUGGAUUUUGCUUUGCCAUACCCAUGUUGGGUGAAGCAAAAGGUCUACCGCCUGCCAAAAAGCUUUCCAGUACAACCUUCAAUUGUUGAGAGAUUCCCUGAGGCUACUUGUGAUAAUGAAAUGCUCCCAAUGCCCCAUGCAGAUCUGAUGCUUCCUGUGCAGCCUAAUAAUCAUAGAUUUUUAAAUGGCGAUGAUAAUAUUAUGAUGCUUCCCAUGCCUGUGCCAGAUUUGUUGCCUCCUCUGCUUCCACAAAGGGGCAACAGUGAUGACACAUUUGAGCUUCCUCCGCAUCUGACACAGAUUGCAACACGUGAGGAAGUUAAUCUGAAGGGGGAGAUUUCAUGGUUAAAAUAUUUGCUUCUGGUACUGUUCAUGGUCUCCAUCUUGGUGUUGAUUUUUCCCUCUUUGAAGUUAAUCUGGCACUGUUCAUUUCAAAAGCUAUUGAAAAAAGGCCAAAAUAGUGAGUUUGAUUUAAAAAGUACCCUUAAGAGAAAGAAAACACGCAAGUCAGGAAAGAGCAGUGGAAUUGUUGACAAGAAGGUUAAGCCAUUGGUAUCAGAAGAUGACAAAUCAAUGCCACACUGUAGAGAUGAUAAGGAACCUCUGCUAUAUGUUGAUAAAGCUGAUGAAUGUGCUGAUGGGCGCAAGAUUGGUAAAUUAUUUGUGUCAAAUAAAGAAAUUGCCAAGGGAAGCAAUGGAACCAUUGUUCUAGAGGGAACAUAUGAGUGUCGAGUGGUUGCUGUAAAGCGUCUUGUCCAGGCUCAUCAUGAUGAGGCCUUUAAAGAAAUUCAAAAUCUUAUUGCAUCUGACUAUCACCCAAACAUUGUUCGAUGGUUUGGGGUGGAAAAUGAUCAAGAUUUUGUCUACCUUGCUCUAGAGCGUUGUUCAUGUAACUUAGAUGAUUUAAUUCAGCUUCACUCAGAUAUAGCAGAAAACUCAGUGUUGAGCAAGAACGAAACUUUAAAGGCUCAAUUGGAGAUAGGAAAGAAAAAUAUGCAGAACCUUUGGAAAGCAAAUGGCUUCCCAUCACCUCUCCUAUUGAAGCUAAUGAGAGAUAUAGUUUCGGGGCUUUGUCAUUUGCAUGAACUGGGAAUGGUGCAUCGGGAUUUGAAACCCCAAAAUAUUUUGAUAAUCAAUGAAAGAUCUUUAUGUGCAAAGCUUUCUGAUAUGGGCAUUAGUAAACGACUUCUGGAAGAUAUGUCAUCUUUUGGUCAUAAUGGUACUGGCUGCGGUAGUUCAGGCUGGCAAGCACCAGAACAACUUGUUCAAGGACGUCAAACACGAGCUGUUGAUUUAUUUAGUCUAGGUUGCGUCUUAUUUUUUUGUAUAACUGGAGGAAGACAUCCAUUUGGAGAACGUCUUGAACGUGAUUUUAAUAUUGUGAGAAAUCAAAAGGAUCUUUUCUUAGUGGAUUACAUUCCUGAAGCAGAGGAUCUUAUUUCUUGUUUAUUAAACCCUGAGCCUGAUCUAAGGCCCAAGGCAGUUGAAGUAUUGCACCAUCCUUUCUUUUGGGAUUCUGAAAUGAGACUUUCCUUUCUCCGAGAUGCCAGUGAUAGAGUGGAAUUGGAAGAUAGGGAGACUAAUUCUGAUCUUUUGAAGGCGUUGGAAGGUAGUGCACCAGCGGCUUUAAAUGGGAACUGGGAUGAAAAAAUGGAACCAACCUUCAUUGCUAACAUUGGUCGUUACCGGCGAUACAAAUAUGACAGUGUUCGAGACUUAUUACGAGUCAUGAGAAACAAGCUGAAUCACUAUAGAGAAUUGCCUCAAGAAAUUCAGGAACUUGUGGGACCGAUUCCAGAAGGAUUCAAUGACUACUUUGCAAGUCGGUUUCCUAGACUCCUAAUUGAAGUGUAUAAAGUCAUGUGCAAAUAUUGCAAGGCUGAGGAAUGUUUCCAGCGGUACUUUAAAAACGUUUAAUAGAGCCUUGGCCUCUUCCGAUGGUGAGGGGAGGGAGAGGGAAAGUUUUAGUAAAUUUCCUCUCCUCUCCCAUCCACUAUGGUAUUGCCAAACUCCAAUCAAAUAGCGGGUUAGAGAAGAUUAUGUUGAUAUCUUGUACCUUUCUACUGCAAUGUUUAUAGUUAUGUGUACACGUUUUUUUUUUUUUAAACCAUCAAUACUGUAACAUAUAUUGUCAAACGUAAAUCCAUAGUUACGAUAUUGUAUUCUACGGAUACAUUUGUAACAUGCAUUCUUCUUUUCAAUAUGCAAGAGGGCUUGUCAAAUA